AUGGGGAAUCACUGGUGUUGCAAAUUGAAUGGUUUCCAAGCAUCUCAGAGGCAUUGUUUUCGCUCUCUUAACCUCUUGUUUGGUAAGACGUUUUAGUUACCGUAUUUAAGUGUUGAAGUUGCUUAACUCUCCCCUGUUUUCAUAUGUUGUUAAUGCAUCAGAAGCAGCGUGAGCGCAGCCCCUCCCUACAACCCUGGUCAAAACGUCUUGGGACACUUAACGAAAUUAGGCACAAAGACGCACUUUGCUAAAUAAACUCAUAUUCUACCUCUUAAAAAAGCUUGGGUAUGUUGUUAUAAGGGGCUAUUUCUGCUGUCCCCCUCUCCCCCAAGCAGUGUUGAUUGUGUUAAAUUAAAACUUGAAUGCAUAACGUCAACAUUGCACCGGGGGGGAAGUGGGGAGGGAAGAUGCCUCAAUUUGACUAGCUAUUGCGUUAGUGUCCCAAGAGUUUUGACCAGGGUUGUAUUUCCCUCAGAAGCGCACCUUGUUCCCAGGGUCUUCUCGUUUUCCAACAUGACAGCGGCAAAUUGGAAAACGAGAAGACUCUACGAACAACCCGAUUGACAGUAGCGUUUCCAGUCAUCUCAAACGUGUGCAUCGUUCACUGCGCAUGCUUCAAUGACGCCAGCGGUAACCCCGGUGCUCAUUCCGGCAACCUCAUCCCCAGGUUCUACUCGUUUUCCAACAUACCGUCGCCAUAUUGGAAAACGAGAAGACCCUGGGGACGAGGUUGCUCAUUCGGACCGCAGCUGUUCUCU